AUGGACUAUAUUGCAAGCCUGUCUGAUGAUAAAAUGAGAUAUCUUUAUUAUGAAUCUUCACCAGGACAAACUUCACCAGAACAAUUGUUUUACUACAAAGAUGGAUACUCAUAUGGUACAGGUGAAAAUACAAAUCAGUACUAUGUUGGAUUCUAUUUGAAAAAACAUAUAUUUGAUAUCAGAUCAUUUUCAAUUGGCUCAUCUCUUAAUCCAACAAAUUCAAGGGUCCAUCCAGUGACAUGGAAGCUUAUGGGCUCUGUUGAUGAACAGAACUGGUUUGUUAUCGAUUCUCACACAAAUGAUAAUUUACUAAAUGGAUUUGACUUAAAAGCCCAUAUUGAUGUGCAAGGAUGUCUUGUACGACAUAUAAGAUUUGUAUCACCCUCAUACUUUGCUUUAAGAUACCUAGAUUUUUUCGGAAAUUUAUAUCCUUAUAACUUUAAAGCUUCACCUUGUCUUGUAAAAUACUAUUAUUGCCAAAUUAUAAGUUUAUGGCACAUGGUUAUACCUAUCUUAUUAUGA